AUGGCCAAGAGUGCGGUAGAUAGGCAAGUGGCCGCUGCCUUAACGGCGGUAGAUAAGCCCGGUGUCGAGAUAACGCCUAAUAUUGGACUUGUCGAUAUACUAAAUGAAAUGAAAUCAUUCAGGCUGGAGAUUAAGGAAACUAAUAAGGAAUUUAGAAAUCAGUUAGAAAACUAUUCCGAGUGGAUUGUAGAUAAUGGUAAAAAAAUUGAGGAGUCGAGCAAGGACAAUGUUGUCGAGAUUAGUGGGGUACCUCACAAAGAGAAGGAUGAUAUUUUGAAUAUCAUCGGUAAGAUAUCGGAUGCAAUCGGCUUUCUUUUUAAGGAGGAUAGUGUUGACAAUUGCUAUCGAUACAAAUCAAUUGAUGGGUCAAGACCUGGAAUUAUUGUUGUCCGUUUCGUCCGAAAACUGGACAAAGAAGCAUUUAUGAACAAGAGGCGUGUGAAGAAGAAUCUAAACUCGAGAGACAUUGGUUUCAUGGAUGGAGACGCAUCGGUGAUUUAUUUCAAUGAGAGUUUGACGCAGGAGAAAAGAAAGCUACUGAAUAUGGCUCGUGCUAUUAAGAGAGAAAAACAGUAUACAUAUUUGUGGGUAAGGAACGGACGCAUUUUCAUGAGGAAAAAUCAAGGUGACCGUUUUGUUACAAUUGACAGCAUUGAGGAUGUCAACAAAUUGGCCUGA